UAUUAUGUUUUUAGGAAUUCGAUUUUCAUUUUUAAUUAUUAAACUGCAUAAAAAAAGUUGCCAAAGAACUCGUAUGUCUCUGCAGCAUUGAAAUUGGGCCAUCCUAAAUACCCCUUUAACAUAACAGGUGGAUUAUGUUCUAAUGAUGUUUAUGAAUCACUAUUAUGAUUUUAUUUGAAAUGUUGUAUCCAGCUUAAGCCGAUAUUUGAUUAUAGAUCCUGAUGCAUUGGCAACUGCAAUUUAUAAUAUUAUUUACGGAGAUAAUACAUUUGAUGUAAUAAGUUUAAUGUUGGCCAUACCAGAAAAAGCAAAUAUUUUCAGUAUCGAUCAUGAUGACUCAUUUAUUAUGAACUUGCCAGUAUUUUUUUGUAAUUCAGAACAUAUUGCCAUAGCUGAUCAGGUGGCAGUGCAAGAAGCAAUUUCCCAAGUUACAACCAUCCCUGUGCCUAAACUUGGCCCGAACCAAAAUUUUGAGAAUGAUUCAUUGAUACAGCUCGGAGAAGAGAGAAGAAGUAUAACUGGAAAAGUUACAAAAAAUUUACUUAUCGCUGCAAUAGGUAAAGGAACACCAAGAUUCCGUAAUCUUACCGAAAUAUGUCGUCUAAUAGGUUUGCUCCGAAGUAUGCAAAGCCCAGAUUCAUAUAUAAAAACGGCUAUUGUUGAUCAAGACAAUUUUGUUUGUACGUUAACUUCUCAAAAUGGCAGAUUCCAAUACAUACCUGACCUCUAUUAUGCUUUGGUGAGGCAAAUGGUUCCUAAUGUUUAUGAAAGUAUUGGACACGUUUUCAAUGAUAUACAGAAUUGGUUCAUGUAAAAUAUCAAUCGUAGUUGAUUUUAAAAAUUAUACUGCACAUACUGUUGUUUUUUUACUUUAAUAAUAUUUAUAUGUCACACUUGUAUCUAAAUUUUCAUUUAAGUCAAUGUAUUAGAAAUUAAACAAUUUCUUUCAUUGAUA